GUUAACAUAAUACACCAACGAUCUAUUGGCGCCAAAUCAUUGAUGUUCAAAAGUAGUACUCAUAUUUUGUAAAUAAUCAUUGCGCUGCUUGAUGAAUCGCUGCCGCCGCCUAUAAAGAGUGCAGCCCAACAGCCGGCAAGACCAAACAUCUUUAGCUCGUCAAGCUACAAAGUGCUAUUUAAGGGAUACAAAAAGUAAACAAAGCUAAGAAAUUUGCAGACAAUAAAAUUGUGUAUAAAGUGUAAAAUAAAAAGGAUAAAAGCAAAGCAGCUCUUUUUAUAUAUGUUUACAUAUAUGGUGGAUCAUCUAUAGAGGGAAUUCCGCUUCAGCUUCAGCUCUAGAUCAAGUGUUCGGAUCAGCUCUUCAUUAGCAGAUUUGCAAAUUUGCCGAAAUGGACGUACAAGCUGGACGCACUGUACCGGAUGGCGGCUGGGGCUGGGUAGUGGUUGCCGCUGUGGCUGUCAUUAAUAUGACCAACCAGUCUAUACUGUCGGUCUUUGGACUACUGUUUGAGGGUCAGUUGCGCAUGCAUGAGGACACCUUUACGGCUGCACUCAUAACAAAUCUCAACAGUUUGGCUUUAAACUUUUCUGGCUUGUUCAUUGGGCCGGCCAUUAAGAGCUUUAAGCCAAGGAAUGUGGCUGCCACUGGGUGCCUAUUGGUAUCCAUUGGCUUGACUUUGUGCUCCUUUGCCACAGAGAGUUGGCAUUUUAUAGUGGGCUACAGUUUCUUUGUCGGCUUUGGCUUGGGAUUGAUAUCACCAUCCACUUUCAUGGCCAUAAACUCGUACUUCAGCAGCAAGCGAGGACGUGCCGUAGGCGUCUCCUUAGCGGGCGCUGGCGUGGGUCAAGUCUUCAUUCCUCACAUGGUGCGAUAUUUCCUAGAGAAUUAUGGCUUCCGCAGUGCUGUACUUGCUAUGGCUGCUCUCUCGCUGACUGGGCUGCUUGGUGCUAUUUUUCUACGGCCACUGAAUCCAUUAGUUAGUCACAACAACCACAAGCAUCUGACACUAAUAGCGGAUAAGGAAGACAAGAAGCAAAGCAAAGAUUUGCAGGCAAUCAUCGUGCUGCCGGCACAGACUAAUAACGCACUGAAGCCAGCGGAAUUGAAAGAGGAUAGCUCAAUGUGCAGCAAAAUGGGCCAUCGUUUGGCACAGGCCAUGGACUUGGAACUGCUUAAGGAUAUUGUGUUCUGGAGCAUUAUUGUGGGCAUGGCUCUGGUUUACACAGCUACAAUCAACUUUACACUCGUCUUCCCCAAUUUCCUAAAGCACACCGCCGGCUUUGACAGCAAAUCGGUAGCUACAUGCAUGUCGGUAGUAGCUGGUGCCGAUAUCGUCUUCCGCCUGCUCUUGCCCUGCAUCACUGAUAGACUGAGAAUACCAUAUCGUGUGGUAUUUUUGCUGGGCAUAGUAGGCUUACUGGUUGCACGCCUUCUGCUGGUUCAGACGACCAGCUUGCCGCUUAUUAUCGCCAUGUCUGUGCAAGUGGGCAUGACCAAGUCGGCCACCGUGAUCAACAACAAUUUGACUAUAUCGGCAUAUUGUCGCUCCGAGAAACUAGCUGGCGGCCUAGGACUCAGCAUGAUAGCAAAGGGAAUAAUAGUAAUAAUUGUUGGUCAGCUGCUUGGCUGGGUACGCGAUUAUUCCAAGUCCUACGUCAUUUGUUUGUAUGCGCAAAGCGUGGUGCUGCUUCUGGUCGUGGUUGUGUGGACGCCAGAGAUCUAUUAUCGCUACAGAAAGCAGAAGCAUCACACAUCAAAAUCCAUGGAAACCACCUAUAUGCCUACCGAACAAGGGGAGCCUUUGAAUUCUCGAGCAUAAUUGGAAAAUUUGUAUUUGAAUUUAUUUUAAGGAUGUGAUACCAAAGCGUUGUGACUACAGGAGCUAUUUUUGUCUU